CAAUCCCGUCAGGAAUGCCAGGGUCUUUUGCGGUGGUGAGUCGAGUCUCAACUGAGACAUCCGAUAACUACGCCCCUCCAAUCAGCCUACGGAGCAUCGUUCGGACCAGCUAAAUUAGUGGUAUGGACCUCGAGCAUACUCUGAAGCCAAUCUCUAUCUGGAUAUUGUCAGUGAAUUGCUGUCAUCUGGCUCCAGUGACUUCGUAUUGUGCACCCUGGGAUGGUGAAUCCCGUUCGACUGCCGAGAUCACCAAUGGGAAUGCGGAUCGUCUACCGGACGGCUCGCGCGCAGCUCCCUACCUUUCUGGCUUGUAUCACCCACUUCAUACGAGGUACGCGGGGCAUCAACUGGAAGGUUCAUCCAAACUUCACCGACAUUGCGCACAGGUUUCAAGGGGGCGCGGGGGAUUCAUCCCUGCCAUAUGUUGUCCCCACUACUGCUAUAGAGGCAUUCAAUUUUGGGGGUACAUACACUCGGCAAACGAAAAAGAGGAUGAUACACGAAUGAUGUUGGGAACGUGAAUCCUCAAACGAUUGGCUCAGGUCAAGCUUUUCGUGGCACGGGGUGUGG